UUCUCUACGUCACCGGGGGUCCUUUCUGCUAUGAGAUUGUUCUCACCCCAAUCAAUCCCAAAUACCACUUGACAACUGUACGCAGAACUUGGUAGAGCAGUUAUGGCAGAAGCAGAUCCUUGUAGUUUUUCUUCUUUUCAGAAAUUUGUAACUCGUCAUGUUAGUCUUACCUGGAAUGUCGAUUUUUGUAGACGUGUUAUCACGGGAAGCGUUGCUUUGACAAUCGAGGCUCAGGAAAAACAGCAAAAUAGUCUGAUUCUUGACACAAGAGAUCUAAAGAUACAAAAUGUUCUUUUUAAUGGACAAGAAGCACAGUUUUCUUUGGGCACAAAGCAUAGCUUUAAAGGAACCCCUCUGGAGAUUUGUCUUCCUGAUGAAAUGCAAAGGGGUCAGCAGGCUAUUGUGGAGGUGUUCUAUGAAACCUCACCAGCAGCAUCUGCCCUCCAGUGGCUCACUGCAGAACAGACUUUGGGUAAACUGCACCCUUACCUCUUCAGUCAAUGCCAGGCAACACACUGCAGGUCUCUGGUGCCUUGUCAAGACACUCCUGCAAUGAAGUUCACAUACUAUGCCAGAGUGUCUGUCCCUAAGGAGAUGGUGGCCCUCAUGAGUGCCAGCCAUGAUGGAAAUGAACCUGAUCCCCUUGAUGCCAACAGGAAGAUAUUCAAUUUCAGGCAGACGGUACCUAUUCCAAGUUACCUGAUUGCCGUUGUUGUUGGGGCAUUGGAGAGCAGGAAUAUAGGUCCACGGAGUAGAGUGUGGUCUGAGAAGGAGGUUGUAGAUAAAGCAGCCUAUGAAUUUGCAGAGACUGAGACUAUGCUGAAGAUUGCGGAGGACUUGGUGGGCCCAUAUGUAUGGGGACAAUAUGACUUGCUGGUUCUUCCACCGUCCUUUCCAUAUGGAGGCAUGGAAAACCCUUGUCUUACAUAUGUCACUCCAACAUUGCUGGCGGGUGAUCGAUCAUUAUCUAGUGUUGUUGCACAUGAGAUUUCUCACAGCUGGACAGGAAACUUGGUCACUAAUAAAACAUGGGAGCACUUCUGGUUAAAUGAAGGACAUACUGUGUACUUGGAGCGUUUGAUUGCUGGUCGUAUGUUCAGCGAACAGUUCAGACAGUUCAAAGCUAUAGGUGGUUGGAAAGAAUUGCUUCAUUCAUUUAAGGUGAAAGCUGACCUAAAAAGAGACAACUUCAAUGCCUUCCUGGGAUUUCUCAAGGCAUACAUUCAGCGAUUUGCUUUUAACAGUGUUGCAACAGAUGAAUGGAAGACAUUUCUUUAUUCCUAUUUUAAGGACAAGGUUGAUAUUUUGAACGCUGUUGACUGGAAUGCUUGGAUGCACACACCUGGCAUGCCUCCAGUACAGACAAAAUAUGACACCACGCUGGCAGAUGCCUGUAUUUCUUUGUGCCAGAGAUGGAGCAAAGCCAAAACAUCUGAUUUGGAAUCCUUCAGUGCGGCAGAUAUCAAGGAUAUGUCAUCUCAUCAGCUAAUAGAGCUUCUGGCACUGCUUUUGAUAGAGGAUCCGCUGCCUUUGACACACGUACAGAGAAUGCAAGAAGUUUAUAACUUCAAUGCUGUUCAGAAUUCUGAAAUAAGAUUCAGGUGGUUACGACUCUGCAUUCGAGCUAAGUGGGAAGAAGCUGUUCCUUUAGCCUUGAAGAUGGCCACAGAACAAGGCAGAAUGAAAUUUACUCGACCACUUUUCAGUGAUGUGUACAAAUUCGAAAAAUUCCAUGAUGAAGCUGUCAGCACUUACCGGAAGCACAGGACAUUCAUGCACCCCGUUACUGCAAUGUUAGUGGGAAGAGACCUAAAGGUGGAUGCUGAACAGAGCACUGCCUCCUAGUGUAUUGUGAAUAUCGCUUCACAACAGUCACGUGCUGUUUGGCGUUCUUUGAAAAAAAUUGCUUCAGCAGUUGCCUUUUUCACAAUAGUUUACUUUGGUAAUGACAAAUUAAAUAAUUGUUUGUAAUCCAGGGGCUGUUAAUGUUGCAUUUGCACUUAACUUUGCAGUCAUGUAAACUGGUAGCAUUUGGGAGAGUGUGUGAUUUUUAUUCGAACUGUUAUUUAAAGCUGUAUAAAAUUAAUGGACUAACACAAUAAAUGCUGUUACUUGAA